UCGAGGCCCCCGCCGUCGCCACGCCCGUGUGCCGUCGGCCCGGGCUCGCCCCUCGAGAGCCGAAGCUGGUGGGCCCGGUGUCGCGCUCCCGUGCUGACGGUUGCCUUUAUUACCAUGCCGCUGUAUGAAGGCCUAGGGAGCGGCGGGGAGAAAACGGCAGUCGUGAUAGACCUGGGAGAGGCUUUUACCAAGUGUGGAUUUGCUGGAGAAACUGGUCCAAGAUGCAUUAUUCCUAGUGUGAUAAAAAGAGCUGGCUUGCCUAAGCCUAUCAAAGUUGUUCAAUAUAAUAUCAAUACAGAAGAAUUGUAUUCCUACCUAAAGGAAUUCAUCCACAUACUGUAUUUCAGGCAUCUGUUGGUGAAUCCUAGAGACCGCCGAGUUGUGGUUAUCGAGUCAGUACUAUGUCCUUCCCACUUCAGAGAGACACUCACUCGUGUUCUUUUCAAAUAUUUUGAGGUCCCAUCUGUCCUGCUUGCUCCAAGUCAUCUAAUGGCUCUUCUGACACUUGGGAUAAACUCUGCCAUGGUUCUGGAUUGCGGCUAUAGGGAGAGCCUGGUGUUACCUAUCUAUGAAGGAAUCCCAGUACUAAAUUGUUGGGGAGCACUCCCCCUAGGAGGAAAAGCCCUUCACAAGGAGUUGGAAACUCAACUAUUGGAGCAAUGUACUGUUGACACAGGUGCUGCUAAAGAACAGAGCCUUCCCUCUGUGAUGGGUUCAAUUCCAGAAGGUGUCCUAGAGGACAUUAAAGUGCGCACUUGCUUUGUAAGUGAUCUGAAACGUGGAUUAAAAAUCCAAGCAGCAAAAUUUAAUAUUGAUGGUAAUACUGAGCGUCCCUUACCACCCCCAAAUGUCGACUACCCAUUGGAUGGAGAGAAGAUUUUACAUGUUCUUGGAUCAAUCAGAGAUUCGGUUGUGGAAAUCCUUUUUGAACAAGAUAAUGAGGAGAAAAGUGUUGCCACUUUGAUACUGGAUUCCCUUAUACAGUGCCCAAUUGACACAAGAAAGCAACUAGCAGAGAAUUUGGUAGUCAUAGGUGGCACAUCUAUGUUGCCAGGAUUUCUCCAUAGAUUGCUUUCAGAAAUAAGAUAUUUGGUAGAAAAACCAAAAUAUAAGAAAGCACUUGGCACCAAGACAUUCCGAAUUCAUAAUCCACCUGCAAAGGCUAAUUGUGUUGCCUGGUUGGGAGGAGCUAUUUUUGGAGCACUGCAGGACAUACUUGGGAGCCGCUCAGUCUCAAAGGAAUAUUAUAAUCAGACAGGCCGUAUACCUGAUUGGUGUUCUCUUAAUAACCCACCUUUGGAAAUGAUGUUUGAUGUUGGGAAAGCUCAGCCACCACUGAUGAAGAGAGCAUUUUCCACUGAGAAAUAAAAAUUUGAAAUUCAACUUUGCUUUUUUAUCAAGUAUCUAAUCAAUUACAAGCAAAUUGUAUAAAGUAUAUAGGAUGCUGUUAGAGAUUACUUUAUUUGGAAGUGAAAGCAUUUCUGUAAUUAUUCUUUGCAUUAAUAUUUAAUUCUUUUGACUGUUUCUCUUGUGUAGUAGUGAAAUAGUAGCUGAUGCUUAUGAAAUUUGUUGUAUUUAUAUCAAUAAAAUACAGUAAAGCAGAGUAAUUUUGGAAGUCUGUUACAAUUUUAGUUCCCAAAAAGAAUUAUAACAUUGUCCCUCCACAAGUCACAUUAUCUGCCCUGAGCAUUGGAAGAUAUCUAUUUCAUUAUUUUCAGCAGUUACUUCAUUUAAAGAAUAAAUAAUGUUACCAUCACCAGGUAUUUCAAAUAUUGACAUGGGUCUCUUUCUUCAAAUCCUUUGGUUUUGGCAUUUAUGUGUCCAUAUUAGAAUGCUGCUUUUCUAGGAACAUAUUUGACUCUUUGGACUGAGAAUGUUUAGUAGCAAAGAUGAACAUUUGUUAAGCAAAGCUAGGAAAUGUUUACUUUUUAACUUUACAGUUUCUUUAUGAAGAAUUCUACAUUUCUAAGAAGAAAGGUGUUUCAUUUUUAUGCAAAGGUAUUCUACCUUAUGUAUUUUUAUGAAAAUGCUUUAUAAACAUGUAAUCAUAA